AUGUCUUUCUCUUUCUUUCACCUAUUGUAUCUAUAUUACCAGAAAGUGGCCCAAGGUUUUUCAUUGAAAAAAAAACUUGAAGAAAAGCUACUUACCCUUUCUUCUAAAGGCAUAGAGUCAUACAAUGCUGCCCCAGGCAAAUAUGGUAGCAAAAUAAGCACAACUGCUAAAAAAGCACAAAAGAAAAUCUUUAUGCGAAUACUAUGUAUCCUUAGGGGCCAGAUAGAGUUAUUCUUUGCCAACAAAAAUGUCACAAUUUGCGGUUCGGCAAAAUCAAAAUGUCGUCUGCCACCAGGAAAUGUUGUGCCCCUAGGAUUAACGUAUAUCAAAAUUAAAGCACUUGAAGCCAACUUUGAAAUUUGGAGAAAGUCUGAUUUUGCUGAUGACUAUUGGACCAAGAGGCUCCGUAGCUCAACAGCAAGAAAAUCAGGAAGAAAAGCUGCUGAACACGUUCAUAAAGCCAUUAUAAAUGAAUAUGCACAGUUAGAUGAACACUUAGAGGGUGAGAGUGCCCUCUCAGACACCACUACUGAUGGAUCCGACUAUAUUGAAUCCGAACAGCAUUUUGUCUAUUGGUUGACGUUUGAUGAAUUAAAUGACAAAAGCCUUAAACGAUCAAGCUCAAAAUACGUGCUAAACAAAAAGCAAUCGACGUUCAAUCAAAGAUUGGGACUAUCAUCUAUUACAUUAAUCCCUGCUGAAGAAAUGUUUACUCUUAAGAGGCACAGCCUUAAUGACGAUUGUUACUUGAUGGUCAGGCAGUUUAAGAGAGCCGUGGAAAAGUCAAAGCUUAGUAUUCCUGCUGACUGGAGCCAAUCUUCUGAUAGCCUUAGGCCUCUUUUAUAUUGUGUAUUAACCUAUACAUUGAAUAUUAUCAACAUCGACCGAAAACACGAACAUACGAAGCAGGAUAUUGUCAGAACGCCAGAGCCCAACUUUAUCAACAAAUAUGUUGCUUAA